AUGGCGGCGGCGCCGCGCACGCUGAGCGGCGCCGAGGUGCGGGCGCGCUGCGCGCAGGGCGCCUGCCUCGUGCGCUGCCGCCGCCGCCUCUACGACCUGUCGGCCUUCGUGCGGCUGCACCCGGGCGGCGAGCAGCUGCUGCGCCGCCGCGCCGGCACCGACGUGAGCGCCGCGCUCGACGGGCCGCCGCACCGGCACUCGGCCAACGCGCGCCGCUGGCUCGAGCAGUACUACGUGGGCGAGCUGGAGCCCGCCGACGAGCAGAGUCUCCUGGAGGAAGAGAAGCUGCUGGAUGUUGCAGCUCCUGCACCGAGCAGGAUGGAUCCGCGGUGUAAAACGGUGGAUCCGGACACGGACCUGGUGGACUGGCGCAAGCCGCUGCUGUGGCAGGUGGGCCACCUGGGCGAGAAGUACGACGAGUGGGUGCACCAGCCCGUGGACCGGCCCAUCCGCCUCUUCCACUCGGACUUCGUGGAGGCGCUCUCCAAGACGGCGUGGUACGUGGUGUUCCUGGUGUGGACGCCCGUGGUGCUCUAUCUCAGCUGGGUCAGCUACACGGCGCUGGCUCAGGGCAACACCCGCCUCUUCUCCUCCUUCACCACAGAGUACUCCAUCCCUGUGCACAAAUACUACUUCCCCUUCAUCUUCCUCCUGGGCAUGUUCCUGUGGUCCCUGAUCGAGUACCUCAUCCACCGCUUUGUCUUCCACAUGAAGCCGCCCGCCAGUAACUACUAUCUCAUCACGCUGCAUUUCUUGUUGCACGGCCAGCAUCACAAGUCGCCCUUUGACAGCUCGCGCCUGGUGUUUCCCCCCGUGCCGGCGGCGCUCGUCAUCGGCUUCUUCUACGGGCUGCUCCGCAUCCUGCUGCCGGAGAUGCUGGGGCUCUCCGUGUUCGUCGGGGGCCUCUGCGGCUACGUGAUCUACGACAUGAUGCACUAUUACCUGCACUACGGCUCGCCGAGGAAGGGCACGUACCUGUACGGGCUGAAGGCCUACCACGUGAAGCACCACUUCGAGCACCAGAAAGCAGGUUUCGGCAUCAGCACCCGCUUCUGGGACUACCCCUUCCGGACGCUCAUCCCCGAGGAGACCUUCGAGAAAGAGGAGUGAGGGCUCCGGCCCCACGGGGCUCCCUCGCGCGCCCGCCCUCCGGCUCUCCGGCCCGGGCGGCGCUGC